AUGGACAAAGGAGUGAUAGAAGCUGUUGCCGACCUACCUACCCACUCAAAAUCAAUCACAGAUUCUAUUGAGAGUGGAAAUAUUAAAGCACGAAGAGUUCAGAAAGAAUUGAAUGAUAUCAAGCAAGACUGUAUAUUGGCUAGAGAAUGUAAUAACGCACUGUAUGGAUUAGUCGGUGAAUCUGAAGAAGAAAGAUUGGAUCAAUGGGACGAUGAUUUGAUGACGACAUUGUAUGAUAUAGAAGAAUAUGUCGAAGAUUAUAUAAAGGCACCACAACAGCAACAACAGAAUCAGGACACAGUUACAGAGUCUUCAACGAAUGGAAGGAUAAAUGGUACCGCUCCAUCAACGAGUAAUGAACACAGUGACGAUAUAGAAAGCUUAUCAACUGCGGAAUCUGGUUCAAUACGUACACCAAGUGAAGUGCUACCAUCAUCUACCAAUGCAAUUACCAAUACUCUCGUCAUGCCAUCUGACAAUAAUAAUCAUCGUAUAGUAGCAGUUGAUGAUUGGAUAGAUAAGUUGGAAGAGUUUAAGGAAACCAGUUUAUCCAAUGAGUUUAAAGAGAUAUCUAUCAAUGGCCAUGAUUAA